AUGCCUGAAGAGGCAGAGGCGCCAGAUCGCAACGUUUUUGCCCCUGGGAAUAAGGGACAUCAUCAUCAUUACGACAAUCACCACAAAAUCAUCUCUUUAGAGAAGUUCUUUAGGAAAUCGGGCGUGAUUUACCAAAUUUCGAUGUUUGUACAGGAGUUUGUGUGUCGAAAGGCUUCGGUCAAGGUUUAUCAUACAAGAAAUGCACCUUUUUUUCAACUCGUUUCAAACAAGCAAGAAUAA